CCGUCUUUUACUCUUUUGUCUUUCCCCUCGUCGUCGUGCCGCUUUUUGGUUCCGUCACUCGUUCACGACUCCGUUCCUUUUCAAGGUUGAGCGUUGGGAAUCCUCGUCCCAUUGCAGACAUGUCUGGUUCUAAUCAAUACUCUGACCUGCCUGAAGUCGCGCCUAUCGAGGCGUCCUACAGGCACGCGACCGUCACCGACAGUUUUCCAGAGCCUGUAUAUGUACCAAAACUCGAUGGUCUGACGAUACAUGCCGUGGCAGGUGAGGGGAAAAACCCGGAUCGCAAGAUAUGGGGCUUGAAACGGACGACCUUUUUUAUUCUCGUUGGGGUCGCAGCAAUUGUCAUUAUCGGCGCCAUUGUUGGCGGUGUCGUCGGCAGCAGGGCAAACUCGACCACUUCCACUUCGGAAUCAGCAACACCCACGAGUAGCGCAUCAGCAACUUCGACGCCGACUUCCAGUCCGAUAUCCAUUCUAUCAAAUUCUCGAAUCGCAAGCGUGAAUUGGACCGACUCAAAUGAUCAACACUAUUUCGUCUUUUACCAAAAUGAGAAAAACGACCUCAUCGCUUCUUCCUGGGAUUCUCAGAACAAGACGUGGGAGGCAAGAAGCAUUUCAGCAAGCAUCAAAUCGGCCGGCGACAGUCUAGACGUGAUUGAAGGAACGCCAAUUUCUGCUGUUGCUUGGUCGGAUUCAGAAAAUGCAUGGAACAUACGCGUAUAUGUUCUGAUAACCGGCAACUACAUUGCCGAACUGUUGACGAGCCGCCCUACCAAAGACUCCGAAUGGUCUCAGACCAGUUUUGGGUCACAAGUGAGGAUAAGCCCAGCCGAAGGAUCAAACAUUGCCGCUUGGCGUCCAAACGGCGGCAACGAAACUUGGCCUCAGAGGCUGUUGAUGUGGGAGAAUGCCGACCAGAAGCUCAUCUGGUCUAGUAGCGACAAUUGGGAUGAUUAUUCGACCUUUUCAACCAUAAAAAAAUCAAGCAGUCUUUCUGUUACCAGCGUGUCCGGAGGGGGCAACAUUUCUAAUCCUCGUUGGAGGCUGUAUUACGACAACGAUGAGCUCCUUCAGGAGGGUAUGAUGGAGCCGAAUUUCGUACAUCCAACAUACAGUCAAACACUUGGCAACAUUGCAUCGUCAUCCAACACCAAUUUUGCUGCUGUGUGCUUCAAUUUAGUAUACACAAUUAUUGUCGAUCUUAAUGAUCAGGGCGGCAUAAGGGCUCGAUGGUACAAUAAGUCAACGUGGUCAACUAGCAGUGAACCGAACCUUGCAGAUUCGCCAGAUGGCAUGUCAGUCUCUUCAGGGUUCACGGCGAUUUCAGGGCAUGCCGACCGAAGAAUUUAUGGCAUUGUAAAUGGAACGAUCCAUGAGUGGUCGUUUGAUACAACUACUCCAAUGACGUGGACCUACGUAGGUGAGGUCACAAAGACCUGACUGGGUCCGGUUAAUAGUUAUAAUUUGGAUUCGGUAGAAUAUACAAG